GUUACGUAGAUUAGUGUGUUGUUUUUAUUAGACUCCAACAAAAACACACAACCUCGGUCUAUUUAUUUAUAAUGUUGUUGCUAAAAUAAAAAGAUAUUAGAAAAAGUUGCAAAGUAGUAAUUAAGCGUCAAUUUACAACAAUUUUUUAGAAAAAAAUAUAAGAAAACAUAAGAGUUUGUGCAUCGCAGAUUUUUAACUCAGGAAGUUGAGUUGAGCAGUCGACAAUUUUUUUUUUAUAUCGGCCACCUUAACAAAUAAAAAAAUUAAAAAUGGAUUCAUUUUUUAAUUUUCGCGAUUUCGAUGAUGGCUCCACCUACAAUUGUGCGGUUGCUAAUAAAACAACCGUUAUUACGAAUGCCUACAAUGGCAUACCCGAGACACUUAUACUGAACGUAUCGGCCUGGGCUUUGCUGAUAAUCCUCUUUACAGUGUUGCGUCAUCAUGCCGGCGAUUAUGGACGCCUGGCUUUAGUUAACAGCGAUGGAAAUCGUAAACGUUGGACCGAAGUGUUCUACUCAAGGGGUACAAGUAUGAUGGAACACCCACAUACCUCGAGAAAUAGUGCCGGAAACCAUCAUGAUGGUGCUUCUUCACCCAUCAGUCCAAAUGGCCUGGACGAGCCGCGUGGUAGUAUAACCUCAAAUACAGCAGAUUCAACACCCCUAUCGCCCAUACAAUACGAUCAGGGUAUGUUUUCAUGGAUAUUGAUAACACUGAAGCUGCGAAAGGAACAAGUUCUGUUGCACACCGGGCCAGAUGCCGUCUAUUAUUUGUCCUUUCAAAAACACCUCAUGCUGGUCAUGGCCAUUGUCACUGCAGUAUCAUUGGUUAUAAUUUUGCCGGUGAAUUUCCUCAACGGUCCUCCCAACAACAUCAACGAUGUACACUCGUUUGCCCGUACAACCAUGUCGAAUAUAACACCCGACUCAUCCUGGUUGUGGGUUCAUGUGAUUGUCGCCAUUGUCUAUGUGCCUUUAAUUGUGCUCAUCAUGCGUCGUUCAUCGGGCCGCAAUGCGUUUAAAAAGGCCGCCACUCGCACCAUUAUGAUAACGAAUAUAUCGACAAAUGAUCGUAACAAGACUGUGGUACGCAACUACAUACAGGAAUUGUUUCCGGAUGUAAGCAUAGAAGAUGUUCAGAUAGCCUACAACAUUACCAAGUUGUAUGGACGAAAUGCGGAAUAUGAACGUGUAGCGGAUGCUAGAAUUUACUGUGAACAUCAUAGGGACAAGGACAGCUUAAUGGUUCGUCCUCAAACUUGUUCCUGCAAAACCGAGAAUGCCUAUGAAUAUUAUCAGCGUGAAGAACGCAUGCUAAGCGGUGAUGUUUGCCGCCUAAAAGCUGCAGCGCUCAAUGAGCCCCUGGGCAUAGCUUUUCUUACCGUUUCCACAGUCCAGGAGGCCCAAAACAUUGUGGCCCACUUCACUCCGGGCACCUAUCGACAAUGGCAUCUGGCAUUUGCCCCCUCCCCCAAUGACUUGUUUUGGGAAAAUCUUAGUGUAAGCCGCACCCAUUGGAUGCUGAAAUGGAUCACCGUAAAUGUUGCAUUGUUUGUGAUAUUGUUCUUUCUAACCACCCCAGCCAUGAUAGUGAAUCUUUUGAACAGUGUGGCCUUAGCAAGAGAUAAAAUCUACACGCUCUCACCUUUGGUUUCGGAAUUCUUGCCCACCCUUAUGCUUUGGGUGCUCAGUAUACUGAUGCCGGUCAUUGUGGCUUUCUCGGACAAAUGGAUGGGCCAUUUUACCAAAUCGAAACAGAACUACUCCAUCAUGACCAAAUGUUUUGGCUAUUUGCUGUUCAUGAUCCUGAUACUACCCUCAUUGGGAUUGACAUCAGCCGAAGCCCUACUCGAGUGGUCGGUUAGCAAUGAAACUCUGCGUUGGGAAUGUUUCUUUGUACCCGAUCGUGGUUCGUUCUAUGUCAAUUACAUCAUAACCGCUGGCUUUAUUGGUACCUCAUUGGAAUUGCUGCGUUUUCCAGAGUUAAUAGUCUACAUGUACAUGUUGAUAACGGCAAAGUCGAAAGCAGAAACACCCUACAUACGAAAAUCUAUACUACUGGAGUUUCCAUUUGGCACCCACUAUGCCUGGUCCACGCUGGUAUUCACCAUCUCCAUAGUGUACAGUGUUUUCUGUCCACUUAUUAUGCCCUUUGCCAUGGUCUAUGUGUGCUUUAAGCACUUUGUCGAUCGUCACAAUCUCUAUUUUGCCUAUGGACCCUCAAAUAUGAUCUCAAGGAAUGGCGGUAAGAUUCACUCAACGGCUGUCACCAUGACCAAAUUUUCGGUGGUUAUUUUAUUGCUCAUCAUGGCUAUGAUAUCGGCCGUACGAGGCUCGGGUAUGGCCAGAGCAAUUAUUCUAAGUAUAGCCUUAAUCAUAACACUGACCUUGUUCACAUUUAUGUCACCCAUCAAACGGUGCACACAGGCUCGAAGGCCCAGCAUUGUGGAAAUGGCCGGGCCCACCCCUAUAUAUGUGCCGGAUGUUCUAAAGCCACGAACUUCACACAAUUCCACACCUCUGGGACCGAAUUCAUAUAAUGGUUCGGGCACCACUAUUCAGGCGGCCAGCAAUUCUGCAGCUGGCGUUGGGGCUGGUGGAUUCGGCGAUUAUGGCUCAGAUUCAGUAUCCGAUUUCGAUAUAAGUUCUCAGUGUAGUGCCAAUAAUGUAGAUGCUUAGGCGUCAACCGCAUAGAAAGGGAAAAAGGCAAACAACGAUACAAUCUAAGGACCAGUAAACAAGAGAAGACAGCAAAGAAAUUAUUCUGUGAUUCGGAAAUGUGAUGAUUGAUGCUAAAUUAUAUUCUUCUACAAUUUCAUAUGAUUUUUGUAUGCAUGGCCUUUUAAGGCCGUGUUCAAAGCCCAAAGGGUAUUAAUCACUGGAAACAAUAUGCUAAUUAUUCCAGAUCAUAAUGGAUCAUAAUUUUUACCAUGCAUGGUAAGAAGUAGGCUCAAUACCAAAUUCUGGUAAUUAUUGUAUAUAGUUCCAUGAAAAAUACUUUCUCAAUUGUAUAUUUAAAGUGUUUUUCACUUUUUGUUAUAUAAAUUUUUGAAAAGUGUAUCUGCAUAAGUUUAGGAAGUCGGACAGUUGUGGUUUUGAAUUUCUGCUUUGGAAAAAAUUUGAAAAGUUCAUAAAAAGUUCCAAUAAUAUUCUAAAAGUAUUAAAUAAUAAAAAAAAUUCGUAUCACACUGAGUUUUCAUAAAAAAUAUAAACAUGUGUUAAAACUGUUAUA